AUGGUGUUCUCUCCUAACCAAGAAGUAACAACAAAUCCUUCUAAGAGAUGCAAAUUCUUCUCCACAACCCUCAAGGAUGCAUUUGCCAAUUGCCACAUUUUUAAGGAAAGACAUUCUAGUACUCAAAGCUUAGAAGAGGAGGAUGCAAUGGAUGAUUAUGAUGAUGAAGAGGAAGUGUUUGUAUCAAUAGUAAUAAGUAAAUAUAUGGAGUCGAAAUGCAGAAAAAAGGCAGCCAUCGCAAGCGACAAGUUCAACUGGACUUUUUCUCCAACAGCAGGAGAUUUAUUCAUCUCUGAAAAGCUAAUGCAACAAAAAGAGGAAAGUGAAGAUGAAGAGAAGGAAGAGAGGGAGGAUUUCUUAUCUGUUGGGACACGUCUUUCGCGAUGCUCGAGUGCUAUAAGCCAUGAGGCAUUUGCCACAGCUAAGUCAACAUUGUCCCGUUCUUCAAGCUUGAACAGGAUUGAGUUUCAAGAUUUUCCGAGGCGUUCUGUUAUUAAGGAAUUCUCUCACUGUGAAGGAUGGCCAUUUGGUUUGAGCCGUAAAGUGUUGUUACUUCCUCCUUUGCCAAAAUCUCCAUCUGAUUCUUGGUCAUGGAGAAAGAGUGCUAGAGUGAUCAAGAUAUACUAAUUGCUGCCAUUCAAGAGAAUCAGAAGGAAUUUUACAUUUUUCCCAGAAAUUAAAGGAUGCUGAACUUCUUUUUUAUGUAUUCACUAUGUUCUUUGAUAAUGGCUAUA